UAUGCAGACUGCGCAAGCAAAAGCUGUUUGAGGCUGAUUCAGUGGUCUUGGCAGGGCCAAUGUCCUGAGAAAAAGGGAUGUCUGUGAAGCUUGUCGCAACCCCACAUCAUCACGUGCAGGGGCGCGAUGGAUCUCGUCACAUGAUUUCGCGGUCAGAAGUGCAGUGACGCUCUUUGCCGUGGGUGUGAGUUGGCGACAUGCAGACGCGACAUCGCGUCGCUGAUUUCUCUAAUUGGCAUUGGCUCGCAGAAUCGAAAGCACACUCUCCUAGAAUACCCUCGAUUGAACACUCGCUUUCUUCCGAUCCCCAACGUCCCAUGAUUUAGCUGGGGGCGCUUCCCCGCGCUCGUCGACCAUGGCGGACGCGUCGGCACGCAGCUCGAUCCUCGCAUCGCUGAACCCCGCCCAGCGCCGCGCGGUCGGCUCCAAUGCUUCAACCGUCGCGAUCCUGGCUGGCCCCGGCAGCGGCAAGACGCACACCCUGACAUCGCGCGUCGUCUGGCUCGUCGAGGUCGUGCGCUAUCGACCCCAAGAUGUCGUUGUCGCCACCUUCACCGUCAAGGCGGCGCGCGGGAUGGCGGAGCGCAUCGACAAAGCCCUCGGCACCGAGAAGGGCAAAAAGAUCGUCCUGGGGACCUUCCACAGCAUCUCGCGCAGAUAUCUCGCCAUCUAUGGCAAGAAGAUUGGGCUGGACUCAAAGUUCAGCAUCGCCGACGACUCUGACUCUCGCGCCGUCAUUACCAGGAUCUGCAAGCGUCUCAACCUGGGGAUCGAUCCGGCCAUGGCUCGGGGUUGGAUCAGCAAGAAGAAGUCGAGAUGUGGGGAUGAGGUCCCGGUACAGAAGCCAGGGGCAGCCAAGAGCCAGAACAACCAGCAACUGGAGACGUGCUACCAGGAAUACCAGGACCAUCUUGCCCGGUCCAACCUGCUGGACUACGAUGACUUGCUUGUAAAGUGCGUCGAACUGCUGCGCGUCGCACCCGAGUGCGUGUCCAACGUGCAGGCCGUCCUGAUCGACGAAUACCAGGAUACCAAUGGGAUACAGUACGAGCUCAUGAAACUGCUCGCACAGGGGCGCCAGACCAUCACCGUCGUCGGCGACCCUGAUCAGAGCAUCUACGGGUGGCGCUCGGCCGAUAUUAGAAAUCUCAGUCGAAUGUUCACCGACUUCCCAGCCACAGACAAGGUCGCGCUGGAGGAGAACUACAGAUCCUCGGAGCGCAUCCUCGCAACCUCCCUGAAGAUCAUCCAGCAGGACGAGAAGAGGUUCGACAAGGCCCUCAAGGCCGUCCACGCCCGGGGGACUAAGCCGGUCCUCCGGAAGCUCCGGUCAUCUUCUCAGGAGGCGGAGUGGAUAGUGUCUGAGCUUAGAAGGAUAAUACUACUAUCCGGGAGCUUGAUGACACACGACGACAUCGCAAUUCUGCUCCGCUCGGCCUCGCUGUCCAGGCAUAUCGAGAGCGCGCUGGGGAAAGCCGGGAUUCCAUACAAGAUGGCCGGUGUGUUCAAGUUCUAUGAGAGAGCCGAGAUCAAGAUUGUGCUCGACUAUUUGCGGGUCAUCAACCAACCUCACGCCAACGACUCCCUCGCGAGGAUAAUAAACGUCCCAAAACGAGGAGCUGGGGACACGACCAUCAAGGCUUUGCUGGAGGAGGCCGAAAAGUCUUCACAGAGCCUUUGGAGCCUGCUUCAUAAACACUGCACGGGCAAUCGCUUGGCAAAAACCAACAUCCGAAAGCAGGUCGAGCAGAAUCUGACCAGCGGUCUUAUAAGGCUAGUGCUGGAUGCGCGGAAACGCGCGAACGCUGCAACCCCUGAGGAGCCUUUCGGACUGCUCGAGAUCAUCGAGCACGUGCUGUCUCGGUUGAACUUUGAGAAAUACCUCCAGGACACAUACAACGACGAGUGGGAAGGCCGCUGGGCGAACGUGCAGGAGUUGGUAAACAUGGCGACCGACUUUACCAAGGGGGCUGAGGCGGAUGAGAGCCUCCCAGAGAUCGACGGCGUCGAGCAGGCUCCUGAAAAGGACACCCUCGCCAAGUUUCUAGCCAACGUAUCCUUGGCGGCGGACGUGGCGAAGGACGACCCGGACAACUCCAAGCCCAUGGUCACCGUCUCCACCAUCCACGCCGCAAAGGGCCUCGAAUGGCCCGUGGUGUUCAUCCCGGCCGUGUACAACGGCAGCAUACCACACUCGCGGUCGGAAGAUGGCGACGAGGAGCGACGGCUUCUUUAUGUGGCCAUGACCCGGGCCAAGGCUCUGUUGUAUCUCAGCCGUCCACUCUUUGGAGGCUAUGGCAGCGGCGAAAAGGUGGAACUGUCGUCAUUCAUCACUGGAGUCGAGAGCUAUUUUGCGAAGCAGGGACCCGCCUUUGAUCGCAGCGUGGUGGAGGAGAUUGGGCGUAUUCUCGGGAGAAAAGCGCCGACCGAAGGCGAGAUAUUCGAUUCGCUGAAGCCAUUCGAGGUCUCGAUGGAUGACGACGCGUAUCCUGUCGACCCUGAGCAGCACGAUCGUGACUCGGGGCUGAGCCGCACAGGAUCCUGGGCAGACAACUCUGGAGACCGAGGCCCGCGUGUCAAGCGGGCCCGGCAUUCUGCCGGCGCAGGGCUGGAACAGCAGGAGCAACAGCCUUGGGCGCAUAACAUUGGCUUCACCACUACGAUGGACCAGUCGGCAGGGUUCACGAUGGCCAGCUUCCCUGGGUUCGUCACGGCCGGGAGCCAUCACGCUACCACCCCGCCGGCGCCCGCCCCGCAGAACAACCAAGGCGCCGCGGCACCCGCUGCCGGCCGCCAGUCAGACCAACGAAACAUGCUUGGCUUUGUCCACGGCGGGGCAAAGGCACAGCCCAAGGCCGGCCCCAAAGCGCCACCCGGUGUAGGAGCUAGAUCGAGCUCUGCGAGACCCGGUGCCCCUGGGCGCCCUGUGGCGCAACCCCACGUCCCGGUCGCUGGCCAGCAGAUGGCUCGGCAACCGCAGGCCCCGGCCAGCGCACGGCCAGGGAUAGCGCCCGAGCUUGCGAACCACCGGCUGGGAAGCGGCAAUAGAGGUGCCACGAUGCCGCGACCGGGCGCAGCGAAGCGCGACCACGCAGCCGCAACUCGCUACUCGCACUUUUCCAGCUCGCCAACAAAGACGGAGCGCUCACAGGGUGCUGCCGCAGGCCAGGUUGGUGAUGGUGAACCGACGCCCCAGGGCCUGCAGGCGGCGUCUUGCUUCCACACAACCACAUGCUCGCUGCCGAGCGGCGUGCCGAUCAGUAUAAAAAACAGCUACAACAAGAAGCCGAUGGGGGCUCCGCGGGUCAGCACGGGGUCGCUGGACAGGCUGCGAAAGCCGUUUAAGCCCUUGACCAUUAACCGGUCUUCCUGAAUGGCGCUAUGGCAACUUUCUAUGCAGGGGGUAAUGACACGAUUGGCUUUUCCACCAGGCUGGCUAUAUUAGUAGGCAAGAUUUGAUGCCUUGAUUACGUGCUGUCUCUCUUGACCAAGCCCCUGCCGGCUCAGCUGCUGUUUUGUAAAUAUGACUGCUGGAAGUAGCUCGAGAGCAGGGUAUGAAAACAAGAAGAGAAAAAAAAAGAACGAAUGCUUGCACAGCCCGGGUUAAUGUGAGGCUCUACCACCCAUCUAAUCUACCACAUUGAAUUGUUAAAAAUUUCCGG